CCCGCGGCCACCCCAACAGUUUAAGUUAAACGUAGAUUUUGCGUGUUCUUCUUGUACGGUUGAACUGGUGGUUGUAGCCAUGAAUGCUAAGAGAGAGUUAAGUUAGAUAGACGCUGCAGUGCAGUGGAUGAGUGAUUCUAAUCCAAGAAAUCCUCCAUGUCCAUGUUUCUUCUCACACCACUUUCCUUCUCGUAUUCCUUAUUCCAUCACUUCCCGCGUGCAUUCAAAUACCCCACCACUCUCAAUCUCAAUCUCAAACACACUUCUUCAAAGUUCAAUAAGUAUGUUCGUGGGAAUGUCAGUAGAAAGAAUUUAGCUAGUUUUAGCAGCACUGCCGUAUCUCAUGUGUUCGACGAAUUUCCACAACAACAAACUUAUGGGAGCUCGGAGGGAAUUGAUCUUCUUCAUGUCAUGGAAACGCGUGGAAUUCGUGCCAAUGCUCAGACCUAUCUAUGGCUUUUAGAUGGCUGUUACAAUUCUGGGUCUUUAUUAAGUGCUCAGAAGCUUCAUGGGAAGAUUUUGAAGUCGGGUUUUGAUUUGGAAAACGUUUUGUGUGACCAAAUUAUUGAUAUUUACAUGGGGUGCGGUGAUUUAGAUGGUGCAGUUAAGGUUUUUGAUGAAAUGUGUGACAGAAGUGUGUCUUCAUGGAAUAAAAUUAUUAAUGGUUUUGUGGUGAACAAGUUGAGUGGUCGGGUAUUGGGUCUUUUUCAGCAAAUGACAGCCGAGAAUGUGGUUCCAGAUGAAAUGACAUUUGCUGGAGUCUUAAGGGCAUGUGGUGGCGGUAAUGUUGUUUUCCAGUAUGUGCAUCAGAUUCAUGCUAGGAUUACUUAUCAUGGUUUUGGUGCUAGUACGCGUGUAUGUAAUCCAUUGAUUGAUUUGUAUUCAAAAAAUGGGUUUAUAGAUUCUGCUAAAAAGAUCUUUGAUAGAUUAUGUUUGAAGGAUAGUGUUUCUUGGGUGGCAAUAAUGUCAGGCUUAUCACAGAAUGGACAUGAGAUAGAAUGUAUUUCCCUGUUCUGCCAGAUACAGACAUCAGCAACUGCCCCUACUCCUUAUAUCUUUUCAAGUGUUCUAAGUGCCUGCACCAAGAUAGAGUUAUUUGAGGUGGGCAAGCAGCUUCAUGGCCUUGUUUUUAAGGUGGGAUUUUCAUCAGAAACAUAUGUGUGCAACGCUCUUGUGACAUUGUAUUCACGCUCAGGAAACUUUAUAUCUGCGGCAGUUUUCAGCACAAUGCGAAACAGGGAUGAGGUUUCAUAUAAUUCACUCAUCUCAGGGCUUGCUCAGCGUGGGUCUAGUGAUAGAGCUCUGGAAUUGUUUAAUAAAAUGCAGCUUGAUUGCUUGAAACCAGAUUGCGUGACAGUUGCAAGUUUGUUGAGUGCAUGUGCAUCUGUUGGAUCUCUUUAUAUGGGAAGACAGCUCCACUCAUAUGCAAUUAAAAGUGGAAUGUCUUCAGAUAUUAUUCUUGAAGGUUCUCUACUGGAUCUUUAUGUGAAAUGCUCAGAUAUAGAUACUGCCAGUGAAUUUUUCCUUACAACAGAGACUGAAAAUGUGGUCCUAUGGAAUGUGAUGCUAGUCGCUUAUGGGCAGUUAAAUAAUUUGAGUGAUUCAUUUGAGAUAUUUAGACAGAUGCAGAUUGAAGGCAUGAUACCCAAUCAAUUCACUUAUCCUAGUAUACUGAGGACUUGUACUGCUUUGGGAGCUCUUGAUCUAGGAAAGCAGAUUCAUAGUCAAGUUAUAAAGACUGGCUUUCAGCUCAAUGUGUAUGUCUGCAGUGUGCUUAUUUAUUUGUAUGCUAAGCAUGGAAAACUUGACACUGCCCUGGGAAUCCUCAGAAAACUCACUGAGGAAGAUGUUGUCUCUUGGACAGCUAUGAUUGCAGGCUAUGUGCAACAUGAUAUGUUUGCCAAAGCUCUUAAACUUUUUGAAGAAAUGCAAAAUCGAGGGAUCCAAUCUGAUAAUAUUGGAUUUUCAAGUGCAAUCAGUGCAAGUGCCGGUAUUCAAGCACUCAAUCAAGGACAACAAAUUCAUGCUCAAUCUUGUGUCUGUGGUUACUCAGAUGAUCUUUCAAUUGGUAAUGCACUUGCUAGUCUUUAUGCUAGAUGUGGUAGAAUAGAAGAAGCAUACUUAGCAUUCAAGAAAAUUGAUGAUAAAGAUAAUAUAUCAUGGAAUGCAUUGAUAUCAGGAUUUGCACAGAGUGGGUACUGUGAGGAAGCACUGCAGGUAUUUACUCAAAUGAAAAAAGCUACAGUAGAAUUUGAUUUAUUCACAUUUAUCUCUGCAGUUAGUGCAGCUGCCAAAAUAGCAAAUACUAAACAAGGGAAGCAGAUCCAUGCUAUGAUUAUCAAAACUGGUUAUGAUUCAGAAAUUGAGGUUUCUAAUGUUUUAGUCACGUUGUAUGCCAAGUGUGGUAUCAUAGAUGAUGCCAAAAGAGAGUUUCAUGCAAUGGCUGAAAAAAAUGAGGUUUCUUGGAAUGCCAUGAUUACAGGCUAUUCUCAACAUGGAUUUGGUAAUGAAGCACUCGAUUUUUUCCAGGAGAUGAAAAAGCUUGGUGUGAUGCCAAACCAUGUUACCUUUGUGGGAGUUUUGUCAGCCUGUAGCCAUGCAGGUAUGGUGAAUGAGGGGCUUGGCUACUUUGACUCAAUGAGAAAAGAGCAUGGCUUAGUGCCUAAACCUGAGCAUUACGUAUGUGUUGUGGAUCUUCUUGGUCGGGCUGGUUUUUUGAGUCAUACAAGGAAAUUUAUAGAGGAUAUGCCAAUUAAACCUGAUGCUCUGAUUUGGAGGACCCUCUUAAGUGCUUGUGUAGUUCAUAAAAACAUGGAAAUUGGAGAGUUUGCUGCCUGUCAUCUACUAGAAUUAGAACCUCAAGACUCAGCCACUUAUGUUCUCUUAUCAAAUAUAUAUGCAGUGACUGGAAAAUGGGACUCUAGGGAUAGGACAAGGCAAAGGAUGAAAAAUAUGGGUGUGAAGAAAGAGCCUGGCCGUAGCUGGAUUGAAAUUAAGAACUCAGUUCAUGCCUUUUCUGUUGGUGACCGUCUCCACCCACUAGCGGAUAAGAUAUAUGAAUACUUAGGAGAUUUGAAUAAACAAGCAGCUAAUAUUGGUUAUGUGCAGGACCGGUAUGCCCUUUUGAAUGAUAUAGAGCAAGGCCAUAAGGAUCCAACAAUAUAUAUUCAUAGUGAGAAGUUAGCAAUUACUUUUGGACUCCUUAGUUUGUCUAAUUCAAUUCCCAUACAUGUGAUUAAGAAUCUUCGUGUCUGUAAUGAUUGCCAUAAUUGGAUUAAGUAUGUGUCAAAGAUUUCAAAUCGAGCUAUUGUAGUAAGGGAUGCAUAUCGUUUUCAUCAUUUUGAAGGUGGUACCUGUUCAUGUAGAGAUUACUGGUAAGUGUGACAUGAGAAAGUAUAUCAAGAGAAGAGGAGCUUCAUUGGAGCCUACAAAAUGCAUCUAUUGUCAAUGUAGGAUUUGUGCCCUCUACUUAGGUUUCCUUUGCCUGAAGAUUUUGGGAAGUGAACUCUUCUUCAGGGUUAUAUGGAUGGGUUUUGAAGACAUUAGAAAGAUUGGAAGGACUACUUUAUUUGCACUGGACCUGAUUCAAUUCUGGUACCAGUGAUUGUGAAACCUGAAGAAGAUUGGAGGGGGGCACACAAUAUUGAGCACGAUAAUUUGUAACGACUUCUCUCAUCAAAUUCUGUCUGCAUAGUUAUGGGCCUGAUUGGGAUAGUUCUCAAAUAACUGUUUUCCACUUUAAAAAAAGUUAAACCAUUACCACAAAAAAAAAAAAAAAAAAAAAAAGUGUUUGCCAAAGGGUUUUUAACAAAAACUGUUUUUGGAAGACUUACCUCAGAAAGAACUGUGGAAAAAAAGUUUUCAGAACCCCCAUAAUGGUGUUUUCAGAUUGUUUUUGGAAAUUAUUCUCAAAAACACAGAGAUACACCACCUCAUUAAUGGAAAACUUAUAAAUAAAUGAAGGGAAAAAUAUAAAUUCAAAACACCUUCUUGUCAAUCUAAUGAUCCCUUCAUUUCAGACAAAGAAAGGCAUUCGGGCACCCUUGCCUAGCACAGCAUCAUCCCCUUAGCUUAACCAGCUGCAUAUUUGGUGGAAAUAUGCUAGAAAAAUCAAAAUUUAGUGAAGGGCCAUUUUUAAAGCAGGAAUGAAGGUCUAAUUUUGCCUAUCAGUUUUGGUGGAUGAAAGAGCAUGCAAACCAAAAGGUCAGCUUGCACUUGCUCUCUUUGCUAUUCUCAAUAAGCAAUUUCUAAAUUUUCUCCACUAGGAAGUUGUUUACACUGAAACUUUUUAGUUUUUGGUACAUAUUUUAUUUUAGGGUAAUUAUUACCUCUUGUGGUUUAUCUCUAUCACAAUUCAGCUCACAAAUUUACAAAUUGAGCAUGGUUUUGUUUUGCUUUAUUUUGUUUUUCUGAUUAAAGUUCUUUGUUUGUUUUGGUCGAUUUGUGGCGAAUGGGUUUUGUUUGUUUUGCUUCAUGGGUUGAUUUGUUCUUAGAUCACCAUUUUGGGUUGCCUUACGAUGCCGAUUCUAGUGAUGGGAACAUGCUGGAGGUGGAAUGAUGUGGUGGGUCUAUGGGUUUUGUAUUUUGCAGUGCUUUGACUAGUGAAUUUUAUUUUGUGUUUGGCUGGGAAUUGUAUUCUAUUUGAAUCUAAACUUGAUCAUAUUUGCUGACAUUACCUGUUAUAUUGCUCAGUUGUGAUACUGAUAAAUUAAGGCUGGUGACUUGGCAGAGGACAUGCUAUAUCACUGAAUAAUUGUCACAUGCAUACGUUGAAACAUGUGACAAUUACCUUCCUCCCCAUAUUGAGUGAAAAGGGGUAGAGGCUGGCCUAAAAUCCAUAAAUUCCAUCUGGCAGUGAGAGAGAGAGAAAGAACUUCAAUGAAAAGCUAAAACCCAAAUUCCACCUGAUUAUGUUCUCCUUGACAAGUGAUUAUCAAAAAAAAAAUGUUCUCCUUGACAAGUGCGUCUAUGAGAUCAGCUCUCUUUAUCAACAGUAACUUCUUGAACAAGAAGACUUUACUACUGUGGGAGAAGAGCUGUGCAAGUAAUUUCAUGGAAUAAUGAUAAUUCUUCAUGGCAGUUUUUUGGAUGUGCAAAUUAUUGGCAGCACCUGCCGUGGACUUUACUGACUAACGAGUUAUUUAAUGGCACCUAAACCUAGGUCCCAGAAAGAGAGAGUUUUUAUUCAUCUGCCCUCCACCUAGAGGCAAGUCCAAGAUCAAAGAAAAAGAAAACUGUUCUCUUUCGAUCAUUGAAAGAAGUGCAGAAAAUGGUCAACAUGAUUACUAGCAUCAAGGAGAGCCAUCCCUCUCCGGCUCUCCCCAUGUCCCUGAAACUAUUCAUCUGCGUCUCUGUUCUUGAAAGUAAUCUCCUCUGUAACGCCAUCACUUAGGCACGGGAAGAGGUUUGGAGCCCCUUUAUCCAUUAAAACUGUGAACAUUGAAGAGACAGUUUCAUGAUGUUAUGGUAUGUGGUUCUUGGAUAUUUGUAAAGUAGAGGCUUUAUAAUAUACUUAGUUGUGAUGAGUAUGUGAUGAGCCAGAUUCUGUGUACAAUGAUUAUAAUGAGAGGUUUUUGAGCCUCUAGCUUAGUGGACACGUCUGGCUCUCCCAGUUGGGAGAGUCCAGGCUCGAUCCACAUGUAUAGUCCUACUCCUAAAGUAGCCAAAAAAAAAAAAAAAAA